GACCGAGUCCGUGUUUGAGGUGGUUACCAAGGCACCUUCCCUGCGGGGUUGGGUGCACCUUUGGCUGGGGUUGGAGGGGGUGAAAACAGACCCAGCCCUGGGGGUGGGGAACAGACCCUUUCACGUGGGUAUAGACCAGCAGGCUCAUUGUACCCUCCUGCACACUUUAGUACUGAGGGUGUGAGGCACAGUCAGUCUUCCUGUUGGGAAACGGGAAAGGGUUCAGGAAAGAUUUACAAGGAUGUUGCCGGGGUUGGAGGGUUUGAGCCACAGGGAGAGGCUGAAUAGACUGGGGCUAUUUUCCCUGGAGCGUCGGAGGCUGAGGGGGGACCUUAUAGAGGUUUACAACAUCAUGAGGAGCAUGGAUAGGGUGAAUAGCCACGGGCUUUUCCCUGGGGUGGGGGAGUCCAAAUCUAGAGUGGCAUAGGUUUAAGGUGGGAGGGGAAAGAUUUAGAAGGGACCCGAGGGGUAACAUUUUCACGCAGAGGGUGGUGCGUGUAUGAAAUGAGGUGCCAGAGGAAGUGGGUGGGGGCUGGUACAAUGAGAACAUUUAAAAGGCAUUUGGAUAGGCACAUGGAUAGGAAGGGUUUAGCGGGAUAGGGGCCAAACGCUGGCAAAUGAGACUGGAUUUAUUUUGGGUAUCUGGUCAGCAGGGAUGAAGUGGACCGAAGGGUCUGUUUCCAUGAUGUACAUGUUGCAAAAAGGGUUUAUUGCUGUCUCAGGGCAGGCAGGUCUUUAUAUCACCCCACCCUAUACACACACAGACACAGUGCCAGGACCUCGGGUUCGAUUCCACCCUUGGGCGACUGUGUGCAGUUUGCACGUGCUCCCCAUGCCUGUGUGGUUUCCUCUGAGGUGAUGCAGGAACCCCCAAGUGGGACCUCACCCAACUACUCUUGAUGACAGUAUUGGUAGGAAUGUGGAGAGGACUGCUUGUUCUCACACUGAGAGGGGUCCUGUCCAUGGCACUGCCUUGUGCUAUCACUGGGCCAAACAGGUGAGAUUCAGAACAGAUCUUAUUACUGAAAACUGGGCAACUAUCCAACCAAAACCAACCCAGGAACAUGUGCACAAAGUAACUAUUUAAACCAAUCACCAUGGAUAUGGUGUCAUUGUUGUGAGGAGAACUUUGUUGACUUGGUAACUGAGGCUGAGCUUUAUUUCCUUGUAAGGUUUCAUGUUGGACAGCAGCUGUACUGCAGGAAGACAUUUGUCACUUUUCUAGAGGGGUUAUUAAUCAUUGGGUAUGGCCAUCACUUGCUAGGCCAGCGUUUAUUACCCAGAGGACAGCUAAAGAGUCAAUCCCAUUGCUGUGGGUGUGGAAGUCAGACUGGGUCAGGACAGCAGAUUUCCAUCCUGAAAGGGCGUUAAUAAACCAGGACUUUUCUGGGACAGGUAUAGAUGGCAUCUCGCAAGAAGGAUGUCCCAGCAAAGAAGGAAGUGCCCACUCAGAUGAAACUGCGCCAUGCAGUCCCACUGACCCGAGACUCCCAGGGCAUUUACAGUUUGGCCUGGUCUCCCGAUGGACAGGAGUUAAUCGUGGGAUUUGGAAAUGGAGCUAUUCAGGCUGUGAACCCUGCAAACGGGAAACCUUCGCGGGACAUAUUCAGUGGAGGGGUCUCCCGACAAGCAACGACCUGCCUGUGCUUCCACCCAAAGGACCCCAGCCACCUGAUAACGGUCGGUGCUGAAGGCAUCGUGGCUGUUUACGACACCAAGACAGGAAAGUGUAAAUCCACCAUUACAGAGGAAAACACCUACCUGUACACAGUGGAUAUUUCAGCCGAUGGGAGCACAUACGCCACAGCUGGUAGCAACAGGGGCAUCAAGAUAUACGAUACCAGAACCAACCAGGUGAUCAACAUUUUGGAGCCUGCAGAUUAUGUGACGAGUGGGAAGGAGCUGAACCCAAUCGAUGGUCACACAAGGCGCAUCUUUGCUGUUCGGUUCCAUCCCGAGGAGCGACACAUUUUCGUAUCAGGAGGUUGGGAUGACUCCAUCAAGAUCUGGGACAAGCGAAUGGCCAGCGAAGCUCGGAAAGUGCUCACCGGCCCACACAUCUGUGGCCCUGCGAUCGACAUCAAGAACAGUAAGAUCCUGACGGGGUCCUGGGUGGCCAAGCACGCGCUGCAGAUCUGGGACUUUCGAAAUCAACCCCGGAUAAGAACAUUCCGUUCCGCGAGGAUAAGGAUCACGGCGAGUUCAUCUACGCAGCUCGGUUUUGUGCCAAUGAUGUCAUCGUUGCUGGAGGGAGUGGGACCAACAGCGUCCAAGCUAUCAAUUAUAAAACAGAUACGGCCCUGGGGGAGAUUAAACUGCAUGCACAUCCUGUGCAUGUUAUUACCACUACGUUAGAUGGCCAAAAUGUUGCAUUUGGUGGUGGAGGAGGGAACCUGCACAUUGCUUACCUCCUUUAGCAGAAAAGGAAACAAAACGGGAGAUUAUCGGCAGCUUACAUUUCUCAGUCCCAGAGGCUCAACGUUUCCGUUAUCCAGUUUCAUUACAGUUGUACUGAGAUGUUUAUUUAGACGUGUUGUGUUUGAUUUUGCCUUUUUUUUGGAAGAAGGAUUGUUGCCUUUCCACGCUGCCCCACAACCCCCACGUGUGAAGAGUUUGUUAAAUAAUUAGUAGAGCUGUACACAUCAUAGUUGCUGCUUGUGUAAGUACUAUUUGUUUUAUUUCGCUAUGAUCAGCUAUGGACAGUCCGAUCCGACCUUGUCAAACUCCAUGCAGUUUAGACACAUAGCGGAGAGCGUGUAAACUCAUUGAAUGUUCUCCCUUCUCGCAGAUGUUGUCUGGUCUGCCAAGUAUAUUUUUAUGUUUCAGAUUUCCAGCUUCCACAAUACUUUGCUCUUACAUGUCAUUGGGAUCGGCGUUUUCUCCAUGGGCAGUCCCUCUGGACGAGGUGUACAACAUACUAAACACUGUUGAUAUGUACAUCUCUCCCAUCAGUGUCACUGGCUCUAAGUUUGAACAGUGAACAACUAAUUCAAACAGUUUAGUAGACUUCUCCUGUCAUUGUUGAGUUAGAUCAUAAAUGAACAGAUGUGCUUUAUAAUCUAUUAUUUGUUUUAAGGAGGCGAUGGCCUAGUGGUAUAAUUGCUGGAUUAUUAAUCCAGAGACCUGGUAAUGUUCUGGGGACCCAGGUUCGAAUCCUGCCAUGAUAGAUGAAGGAAUUUGAAUUCAAUAAAAAUCUGGAAUUAGGAGUCUAACAACAACCAUGAAACCAUUGCUAAUUGCCAGAAAAACCCAUCUGGUUCACUAAUGUCCUUCAGGGAAGGAAACCACCAUCCAUACCUGGCCUGGCCUACAUGUGACUCCAGACCCAUAGCAAUGUGGUUGGUACUAAACUGGUCCCUGGGUCAUUAGGGAUGAGCAAUAAAUGUUGGCCACCCAGUAAUGUUCACAUCCCAUGAAUGAAUGAACGAAAAAAAUCUCCCUGGCGCUUCUGAAUAUUGUAUACAUUGGGACAAACUCAUUCAAUUGUACAGAAUUCCAUACUUGUAUGAAAGAGCUAACCCCUUUUGCUCACACUCCUGCUCUUUCCCCAUAUCCUGAAAAUUCUUCCUUUCCAAAUAAUCUGAUUUUUCCCUUUUGCAAUUUGGAAACUUUACUCCCCAGAACUCUGACGAAUAAUCCAGUUUCUGCAGGCGACUAGUGUCACUCAAUCCUGGUAUAAUCAUGAUGAGUCAUUCUCCUCUGCUCUCUCUCCAAGCCUGACACCUUUCCCAGAAAGUAUGGUGCUCAAAACUGGACAGAAUUCUAACCCCUAAAAGCAUGUGGGUUUGGAAAGCUUAUAUUUCUACUUCUGGCUUGAACAAGAAGGGGCAACAAACUGAUCUUAGGAGGCAGGUCACUUCUUCUGUGUCUCACAGUUUAAUGUUCAGUUCCAUCGUGCAAUGCAAAGCACUGUAUAUUUUAUCUUUAUAAUUUUGUUGAGUAUUGUCGGUUUUUAACCAGUGUUAAGAUUGAAUAAUGAAGAUCAAAGGUAGAAGUAAUAAUCAAGGACAAAGAUUUAUUUCACAAUUAGCUGAACAGUUUGUGGAAUUUAAAUCCUCGAAAAUUCUACAUAAUAAAAAUCACAUUCUGUGAAGCAGCAAACUAACCGAACAAU